UCAAAAAAACUUAUGUUAAUGCCUGAAUUCUCCGAGGAGAAGUGGUUGUUUGGUCCCCAAUUUUUUUGCUUUUUUCCCCAAUUCCAGUCUGUUUUUGAUCGUCAUGGAUCCGCAACACCAAGAUCCACCGCCAAUUCCCUUUUCAAAGACCUCGAAUUCGUAUAACAUAAUGAAUAAUUCGUCCUUGUGGUUCGAAAUCCGGCUGUUUUACGUUCGCAUAGCGCCGUCCGUCAUCGGAAGCGUACCGGACCACCUCACGCUCUCCCACGUCCAUCGGGAGAUUGGGGUGUCCCUCGAAAUUAAUGGGUCCAGGGUUCCUGCUUCUGAGGCUGCCUCCCUCACUCUACGCCGCGACCGUAUCAAUAAGGAAGCCUCGGAGGUCACGUAUUUGAGUACUGAUAGCGUGCGGGUCACCGGGGGAGUGGAGUUUGAGGUGUAUGAGAAAGAGAAGAUUGUUUUGUUGUGUGGGUCUUUGGAGAGGAUGGAGGGAGAGUGGAGUAUGGAUUGUUAUAUGGCAACGGCGGCGAUGGAGUCGGGGAAUUCGGCCUUCUUUCUCCCGAAGAUGGGGGUAUCCGCUCCGGGGAUUGAGGUGUAUAUUGCUGGGUGUUCCGCGGGCGAGCCUGUGAUAUUGACAAAGACGCUGCAUGCGAGUCCGAGGAGGAAAGGUGGGUUGAGGCAUGUUGGGAUGUUGGAUGCAAUACCGGAGGAUGAGGAGAUUGGAAAGGAGAAUAAGGCUGGUGGUGGUGGAGGGAGUAAGAGCGUACUUCGACCCCGGAAAUUGCAGCUUACAGAAGGUGAUGUUGGUGAUUACCAAUUGGAUGAGAAAAUUGGACGCGGUUACUACUCAGAAGAAAUGUAUGCUGGCGAGGACGGCCAACUUUCAUGGUUUAACGCUGGCGUUAGAGUUGGUGUUGGGAUUGGCCUCGGGAUGUGCCUUGGGAUUGGAGUUGGAGUUGGAUUGUUAAUGCGGUCGUAUCAAGCAACUACCAGGAAUUUUAGAAGAAGGUUUCUCUGAUCUGGAACUUUAUCUUUACACCUGAAUAUUUGUUUGCUCUGGUUGAAUAAGGAUAUCUUUCGGGAUUUUGAUAGAAAGCUGGAAGAUUUUAGGAUAGGCUGGUGCUAAAGUAUGGGAAGAACAAGAUGGUAUUCCAAAUCUCAAAAACAUGACUUAAAGAGGUUGGUUGUUUGGGUUGUAUAGUUUUUUCUUUUUCAUGUUAAAAACUCUUAGAAGAUCUGCUGCAAGUCUUUCCCUAUUUCCUUGGGAUGCUGUUUCAAGUGGAAGGUUAGAAGAACUAGCUUAGCUUUCAAAGACAAGAAAGUGCCACAAAUUUGAAACAUUCGAUGAGCCUGAAGGAGAUAUAAGACUUGCUCUGCGAUGUGAGCCUUCUUCCUUGAGAUUGUAUGUACCGUUACAUAUCAUGUAGAAAAUUUGUGUUUUGUUAGGAAACCUAGUGGUAUAUUUUUUACAUUGAAUUUCAACCUAGAGUGAUUCUUCCAUUCAAUUCAUUGGUUGCAAGCCGUGCGCUCUGCAUUUUUUUGAGACUAAUAAAAGUUCCUUCUUGUG